GGGGGGAGGCGACGUGAUACUUAAAGGGCCAGCGCCGCGCUGGCAGGCGUUCCUUGGGGGGGAAGGGGGGCAGGGCAAGGCUGAACGGAGCGCCCGGCAGGGGCUCUCCGGGGUCCCCCUCGCCCCCGCCUCCCCUCGCUGCCGUGCCAGGCCCCGUCGACCCGGCCCACCCCGAGCCAGCCCGAGGAGCCCUCGCCCGUGGCGGGGAUCAGACCGCCGCGGCAGCUGCCUCCCCUCCGCACCUGCCCAGGCCCGGCCGGGUGCGGCCCCAGCCCCGGCGCCCGCGGCGUGGGGGGGGGGAGGGGGCUGGCGGCGUCAGUUGGCCGCGCGCGGGCCCCGUGCCGGCGGGACGGGUGGUGACCCCCGGCCCCGGGGCCGCGGCGGUGGCGGCGCGUUCCGGCGGAGCCCGGCCCGGCCCCCGGGAGCGCGGGGGCUGGCGCGCCUUGGGCUGUGCCCCCCCGCCUCCCCUCCAGUUCAUAGAAAGCAGAUUCUGUCAGCGGCUGGCACUUGGGGCGGUGUGCGCCGCUCUGGCGUGAGGCGGUUUCUUCCUCUCUUUUUUGGUUUUUGUUUUGUUUUGGUUUUUUUUUUUUUUGUGAUGUGACCUCAUUGUCUCUUGGUUAUGUGUAGAGGCUUCUUGACACCUAGACCGAGGCUUCCUGAGUGUUUACACAGCCGCAAUUAGGAGCUGAAACUUGACAUUGCCCAGAGGCCCUGCAUAUGAUGUGUGUAAACAAUAAUAAAUCAAGUGCUGGUUUUAUCCUGAAAUAUUGCCUCAAUUAGCCACAUGUCCCGGGUCUCCCUGGAGUAGUCGAUGGCUUUCCCUCAUUCCCACAACACCAGCUGUAUGGCGCAGAGUUCAUUGCUUAACAACAUAAGUAGUUAACACGCCUGUGUGAUACUUCUCUGUAUAGCUUGUAACUACCUGUUUUUAUUAUUUCUUAAAUAUUUUCUGUUGUUCUAAAUGGGAACAUACAGUGUAACUUUAGAGACACAGUCACAGUAUUCUUAUUUUUUUUAUUUGCUGCUGCAGUUUGUGACCCCUUUUUGUCAGUUACGUCUAACUAGAUCACUAGUGUGGUUUUGGGAGGGAGAAUGAGACUCUAGAUCUGGUAUGAUGCCCUUAUAGGUGAAUUUUUAUGCCACACAAUGAUUUAAGGUGGUUUUGGGGGUUUUUGUUUGUUUGUUUGUUCAUUUUUUUGAGUGUGUUGGGGUUUUUUUUUUUUUUGUUUUGUCACAUGCAGUUAAGAGCUAUCCAGGCAAGAUCAGUUUUUGUCCUUGCCCCGUGUUGGAAUAUGAUGUGUGUGUUCCGUUAAAUAGAUCACAGGAAUAGAGAGUGUGGACAAUAUGUUCUGAUCUGUGGAUGGUGGAAAACGCUUGAGCCAGCAUCUUACGGAGGAUAGCAGGAGCAUGUAGAUCAUUUUCAAUGUAUGCUAAAUGUCUCAUCAUACUGUUAUAAAAAAGCUAAAAGAUUCUUUCUUAGUCUUUACAAAAAUAUGCAUGUAUCGUUGGUUCCUGAUACUGUUUGUAAUUUCAUUCUAGAGCAUGCGCUGGGCAAAGUUUCACCAGUGCAGAUUGUUUGAUUAGGGGAAUUGUAACAACUGUAGCUUAAGAAAUUUAUGCACCUUGCUAUUUUCUAUACCAUGGAUACACUUACAGGUCCCUUUCCUCUGUGGGAUAUAAACUGUUUAUGGUCUGCCUGUGCUAUGGGGUUAUAUCCCUUUAGUUGCAUAUGUGCAGUUAAAGUAAUAUAGCUUUUGCAGCUGGGUAAGCACUGAAGUCUUGUUUAAGAAUGAGAUCUGGUUAGUGCCUGUUAGCUGCAUGUACCAAUUUCAUGGAUUAUACUGAACCAGGAAACAAACUGUUGUGAUUGUAUCAGGAAUCUUCUGAUGUAUUUCCAGACUGUGUCACUGCUAGAGUAAUCGAGCAACAGCAAAUGCAUUUUGAGUGCAUUUUCUAAAUUGCUCUGUAAAAUAAAAUUGCCAAAUUAUCCUUUUCUGAGUCUGUGUGUAGCCAUAUAUAAUCAUUACACUUAAGUUUUCAAAAACUUGUGAGGGGAAAAAACUCAAAAUAUUUCACAUUUAUUCAGUGUGAAGAAACAGUCUCACACUUCUUGGUAUGACAUUAUUUUUAAUCUAUCCAAAACAAAUAAUUGGGAUUUUUUUUAAAAUGUGUGUUUUAUCUUCAGUUUAUCUUACAAAGUGUAUAGUAUGUUUUUACUGUUGACUGUUGCCACUUUACGUAUUUUCUUGUCAUCUUAGGUUCAAAGUAUCCAUAGGAAAACUUCAGUGUAGGUUUCACUAUAUUUUCUUAAUGUAAGCUUCAGUUAAGUAGUGAAAGGCAUACCUGCAUUUAUUUCAUUCGCAGGGUAAAGAUAGGCAGCGUGGAGGCUAUUGCGCUGCACUGAGACUUUGACGACUGAUACUGUUCAUUCUUAUCGAUCUCCCCAGUGAUUCUGGGGCGUGCAUUUUUUUUAUCUGUGCAUGUGUAUUCUCUACUUAAAGUGAAUACUAAUACCUUUCUCAUACCUGAAGUGGGUCUUAUUAUCAUGUAGUACAAGUGCUUUGCUGGACUGGAAUUUAUGUCAUUAACAUUUCCUGUGUACUAAUAGUAAAACAGAAUUCUUAAGAUUUUGUGUAUGUUAUUGUUACAGUUGGUUAGGUUUAUUUCAUAUUUGGAAAUUUCACUUUGGCGUGUAAAAAGUUAAAGUAAGUUACAGCCUUGAUUUUUUUCGGAUUGUCUUUUGGAUAUAAAAUAACAUUUUAAAACUAAAUCCUUGCAGUCUUCCAUUAGUGCAGCUGAAAGGAGUUCAGAAUGGGUGCAAUACGUGUGUUUAUUCUGAAAACUUCAGUCUUAUAAAAUGGAUGUGUCUUCUAGAAGCUGUACUUCCUUUUUCAGAAUUUUGCUUUCCGAGUGUAUUUUUCUCAUACCUUUUCCUGUACUGUAAAUGCAGUGCUGUAAUAAAGUCGUCAUAAUUCUGAUUCCUACCACAGCAAGUUUAGAAGUGUUUAGGAGCAAUUCAGUUUCCUGGAAAAGAAUAGCUCUCUUGAUGUUUUUAAGCCAUGUGCUAACAGCCAGGGGUGAACGAUCCACAGAGCCACUACUGCGAUAGUGGAGCUGCUUGUUCUAAUGGCUGUGUUAAUGUCCUGAGUGAAGAAAGAUGUAGUCCAAAUUGUAUUUCAGAAUAUUAUGUAGUGGUCUGGGAAUCAAAUGUUACCUCUGCAAAACUGGUACACAUAUGAAAGCUUACAAUAAAGCAGCUGAAUAUUUUAUUUUCGUGUAAGUAAGACUGAAUUGGGUUUUUUGGUGUGUAAUUUGAAAUGGUACAAACGUUACUUCUCUUUUGCAGCAGCUGGUUGCUUGACUCUCAGUGUUUAAAAGUGUCUGUAGGCUUACAAGUGAGUCUCAGGGUGGGGAUGUGUAUUUUACCACAGCUCAAUAUUGUACAAAAUGUAAAACAACUUCUCUUCUAAGCGAGAGGAUUCCAAGAGCAAGGAAAAAACCUGCUGGUAGAGUUCUUUUCUUUGCUUAACUUGGUGCCAGAUGUUACUGAAGUAUUGUAGCCAGACCAUUGUUGCUCUCCCCGAGGUAAUGGAAUGCUGAAGUAUUCACCUUUGUUAGCAGGUUCUUCACUUUGCUCUGUAAGAUUGUUCCAUGUUGUAACUGUGGUACACAGGUAUCAUCACACGGAACUGGGUAGAAAAUAAAAGUAGUGACACCGAGAAUCUGGGAACACCAGUCUUUGUUUACAGAGCAGCAUCUUUUUAUGAAGUUGGUAAAGGGCAGUAACUUGGUUCCCCUGCCAGCAGCCUGAGGAUACAAAGUCGUGUGUGUUACUGAAAGACAAAAAGGAAGUUGAUGUUAGAAGUGGAAAUAAAACUUAGAUCUACUUGUCAUCACAUGCUUGCUUAUCAUCCUUCAUAUGAACACACUUGUUUAUUUUUAAUAUAGCAGCUACUUCAGGCCAUGAUACUCUCAUUUUUUCUACAUAGGUGUGUAAAAGAGGUAUUUGCUGUUAAAUGGAAGGCCAUUUCAGUGCUUAGUCAAACGGUGAUUUUUGAAAAUGGGAGCUAACUGACUGUGAUAAUCACAUACUGCCCCUUAGCCUGCUAUACCUGUGGAUCUCUGUGAUCUUCUGCAGCUAACAGUAAAUUCAGGCAAAAAAAGUAGAAUAUGGUAGCUUACUGCUACUAAAAGAGGGAUCCAUUUUUUUCUUUUUAAACCACCAAAUUCCAGUUAAUAUUUUAUUUGUGAGCUUUUGGAACUGGCUGUGUUUUUUCUUGAGGACAGGAAGUUAGGAAAUGUGGCUAUACUUCACAUCCUGCUUAGCUAUUUUUCAAAUUACAUAGAGAACAAAACAAAGGGAAAAGGAUAUUAUAAUACUUAUUACUGAAAAAUGAAAGCCAAGUCUUUAAUACUUAAAGGAAACUGAGACAAUUUUGAAAUGGGAAUUGGAGCUUUACACAUGUUUAACAUGCCUAGAGAACAGGGGAACAAAAAUGUGUGUGCUGUUUUAUGUUUUUAUAACUAAAGAUCUUGAACUCCAAGGUCAGUCUAUGAUCACUUAAUUUAUAUGUGUUCUAGCCCAUUUUUAUGGGUUACAGGCCAUGACAGCAGCAAUGCCAGGAGCAAGGUGACCUGGUUAUUCUAUUUUUUGUUUGGAGAUAGUGUUUUCAGUGGCUUAUUUGUUACUCAUACUGAAAUUUGCCAUGAUGAAUACGUUUGAGCAGGGUUAUUCCGGAAACUUUAAGCUAAAAUGACUUGGCAUUUUGAAAACUACUUUAAGAGAAAGUAAAUAUGUUAAUUUAAGGGGGGGAAGGGAUAUGCUUGUUAGUCUGCCUUAUUUAAGAGCAUACCAACGUUUCAGUUCUAGAAUUUAGCAUUGUAGAGCAUAAGCAUUCAGAUGGAGCAUAUAGCUGUUCCUUGAGAAACUUCAACAAAACAUAAAACUUUGGACAAUCUGGUUCAUGCAUGGUAACUUGGCAAAUAUUUAUUAACUAAAUUACCUGAAUAAUCCAUGUAACUUGGGUAUCUUCCUGUCUGUCGGUCCUUGCAUGUCACCUGACUGUGCAGUCAUCAUCUGGACCAAGUAUUUAAGCAUGAUGCAUCCCACUGCAGUAGGUGAUGGGUAGAUUUAAUCCUGAAUAGUCUUUCUUUAUCUGUGCAUUUCCCCCAACCCCAGAAUGCAUAGGCAGCAGCUGUACUCAUGGAGGGGUGAAGGCUGGUUGGUAUUUGGGGAGAGGUGGGGAACAGAGAUGGAAGUUUGGUGGCAAUACAGGUCCAGGAACCUGAAAAGCAAAAAUGACACAUGGUCAGAAGCGGGGGGAAAAGAGAGGGCAAGAACUGAGAAGGAGGAGAAGCGGUACAGGGGUGUGGAAGGAAUAAUGGGGAAGGGUAGUAUGAGGCUGAAGAGCAGAAAGGACAUGGAUAGAAAAGAAAGGGAACAUGAAGAUCAUUGGCGGGAGGAACAGAAGAGGCUAGAACAUGUCUGACUUGCAAAAACUAGUUGAACUGAUGGCUUCUGGUCCACCAUUGCUAAAGAGUUGUGAUGAAGCGGAGCAGGAAAGGAAGAAUUCUUAUUUAAUCACCAUUUUUAAAAUAAAAUUACAGUUCAUUUUAUGGCCUACACUUAGUAGCAAAGCGAAGAUGUUCUUGUUUAACCAAAUGUUACAGUCAAAAGAGGGAAGAAGAUUAUGGAAAAGUUACUGACCAGUUGGAACUGGAUUUUCACAGAGGGUUGCAGGACCAGGAUUUUGUGUCACUUUAGUGUAUUCAGUGAGUCCAAGUUAACACUUGGUUCGUUGACAGGCUCAUUAUUUCUGAAAUCAUGAAGGACAUAAAAAUUAAAUAAUUGAUGAUGGAGCACCUUGAUGAAGUGUUUUAAGGCUAAAACUGUGUAGAAGCAUAAAAAUGAAAUAAUUGCCAAUGGAACACCUUAAUCUUCAUGAAGUGUUUAAAUGCCAAAAAUGUGUAGAGGGGAUUUUCUUAUGCAUUCAACAUCUUAAGUGCAUUUUAAAUGGAGUUACUAGUUAAAAAAACCGUCUUCAUCCUUUAACUGUACUUCAGCAGCAUUAGGAAUUCAGUCUUUCAUAGAAGGACUCAUUAGAAACUUUUAUGGUUUUCUAAUAAAAAUGUCAGAGAAGUUACGUGUGCUUACAUAAACUGCUUGCUAACAUUGUAUUCAAUAGCAAUAAAGGCAUACUGAGAUUGGUGGUUAUUCUGUGUCUUCUUUAUGAAACUGCAAAGGAUAAACACAAAACAAGAUCAAUUUCAGUCAUAGUUUAUUGGGUGCUGAUUCAAAUCAUUAAAAUAGGAUUUCCUGUUGCUUUGGUUUAAUUUGCCUAGAAGGAUAUGAUAAAAUGAGUGUCUCCAGUAGCAAGAGAUUCACUACAUACUUGCGUAGAUAUUCCACAGGCUUCAAUGGCAAAGGAAUGGAGUUGGGUUUAGCACAUAUGCAGACCUGUUUUUCAUCCAUGUGGGGAACACUGUCCUUGUUUGUUUGUUUCGGGGGGCUGGUUUGGGUGUUUUGGGGAGGGAUUUGGUUUUUUUGGGGGUGUGUGUAUGUUAUUAUUUUAAAAUUGUGCUUUAAAAAGUUGUUAAAUAUCAUUAAGUAGGAAAGUUGUACCAGAAUUUGUUCCAGCUAUGGAAUUGCUGAUACGUCCUCUGGUAUGUAAGGUGGUUUUGGUAGUCUUUUCUAACGCAGUCCUCUUACCACCAUAGCAGCCAGGCAGAUACUACACUACCUUCUUGAUCUUGGGUCUACAAUGUUAUGAUGACAGCACUCUGGGUAAAUACCGAGGGGGGAAAAAAAUACUUCUCUGUCCUGUGACAAGCAGAUACGUGUGAGGAUUCAUGAUGUGUAUGCUAGGAUUCACAAGUGAGAACCAUACAAAGUCCUGUUUGCAGUGUUAAGAAUACAGAAAAAAUGUAAAAACUGAAGGAGUCUUCAUUUCCUAUGUGAAUAUUGGGGAUGGAUGAGGGAGUAAUGGGAAAUAUUUUUGCUCCCUCAUACCCUAAUCCUUUGGGAGUCUUGGAGCAAUUAAAGAAGGGAGGCUUUCUUUCCCUAAAGUUUAUUUUCCUUUUACCAAAGUUUCUAUUUAGUCCUCUUAAUUCCUUACUUUAUGGAGCUAAUAAAGCAGGGUCAAAUUACAGCGUGAAAUGGGUAGGAGAAACUGAGAUGCUGCAGGAAUUAUCUUGAAUUUGAGAAUCUCUUAAUAGUUAGAAGAAUGAAGUUUUCAUUUGGCAGAAUGUAGGAGAGCAACCUGAGGAUUUCCUUCUGCAAUGCCAAGAGCUACCUGGAGGCAAGAUACCUAGCAUACUGAGGCGACAUUAUUUUAUGACUAGAUUUGAUAGGAUUUCUCAUCUUUCUCUUUCUUAUUGUUAAGCACUUUGGUAAGUUGGUGAUAUGUGAACCAUGUUUAUGUGUGCUUCCCAAGAAAUAUGCUGCUGUAAACCCAAAGGGUGUAUGCAGAAUUAAGGAAAUUAAGUUCUUUAGAAGACCCAGAUGCCCUUAAUUCUGCUUUUGUUGUUGUGCCUUGAGAAACUUAAAUUAUUUUAUGCAUCUUUAAUAUCCAUUUUAUCAGUUACUGCAUAUGCAAUUUUAACUUGUGAAGCAGUAUGGGGUUUUAUAAUACUUUUUUUCAUAUUUGGUAUCUGCAAAUAGGGCAUUUUCCGGAACGACUUUGAAAUACUGAAAACAGAGUUUACACAAAGAGUGAAUUGCUAAAGUAAUGCAAGUUGUUUCAUGAGGUGGUUCGUCAUAUGUUAUGCUGUGUGACAUUGUGUGGUGGUGCUUGGAAUAUAGUCUCUGAUAUAAAUACUUUGUAUGGCUUGUUAAAUUCUGAAAUGAGGUUAUAUGAAAAUAGGAUGCUAUGAACGAUUAAUGGGACAGCAAAUCGGUAAUGUUGGAGAGGUCUUGCUGAGUAAAGUCAGUGUUACAUAGUAUCUAUGUUCAAAAUCCUACAGGCAAAGAAAGGUGGAUGAUAGAUUUUAGUGUAGCCCGUAUUUCUGAAGAAAUUUAAUGGUGGAUUCUAAUUUAUUUUUAGUUUUCAGUUUAUUAAAGUAUAAUAUGCAUUUGUUUUUUAAUGUAAUCUCAUAUUUAUCAUGAUUAAUAUAGAAAUAACUUUAUUGCACCACCAAACGAUAAAGGGAAAAAAGUGACACAAAGUAAAUCUCAUUUUACUGCAGCUGAAAAUUGGUUUCUUGGCUUUUUAGGGCUUGUCUCACAGGGAAAUCAACAGCAUAGCUGUUGUCUAAUAACUGUUUAGCUGUAUCUACGUAGCACAACUCCCUGAGGCUGGUAUUAUAUUCCCGAAUAGUAACAUUGUGUUUCUAAAAGUAUAAUUUUCCAAAUAAUGACUAUAUUUUGUAAGUAUGUAAGAUAGAGGAAAUGGAAGCCACCUUGCUGGUGAAUGAAGAGUAUGUUCUCAUUGAGCAGUUUUAAUAAACUUGUAUGCAUCAACUUCAUAUUGAUUUGUUUGUCUUAAUUUUACUGAGUGUCUCUUUGUAGGCAGGUUGAUGGAGAGAGAACCGCUGCAGCAAAAGUAGAAUGAAUCCCUGAUAGCGUGUUGUCAUAUGUACUAUACAUACUGCUUAAUUAUUGUUACUUAAAUCUAGACAAAUAUAUUUUGAUCUCAAUGUUGGCUAAUAUUUGCGUAUGUGAAUGUAUGCACAGGUCUUUGUUUCUUACUAGCUGAUGUGCAAAAUGAGAGAAUGACUGAAAAGAGAGUACUUCUACACUUGAAUGAGCAAGGUCAUAUUUUCGUAGUAAAAAACUUCAAUGGUGAUAUGCCUUUUAAUUGACAAAGCAAGUUGCUCUUGGUUUUGGUUUCAUAGUUAAGCAUCUUUAUUAUGAUAAAUGACUUUAAAACUUGUCUGCAAGAGAAAUAAAAGGAAAAAAUUGGCACUAGCAAUUCCAGGUUUAGGCUCCAUAGUGCCUUGAUGUUGUCUCUGUCCUUUAACAGGUGUAUCUGCUCCUUGUUCUUGCUCCCACAUGUGAGAGGAUAUAACAUGCAAGCUCAGAUCUCUCAUUUUCUUGUCUGGUGUGUUUUAGGCUGGACUCUAGUCUUCAUUGCUGUCAAGUAUCUCAUGGAAGAAGGCAAUAUGACUGCAAUGACCUCUGGCUUCUUCUCAGCCAAACCUUUUCCUCUGCAGCAUCUUUCACCUGGGCUGGCAUUUUUUUCAGUACCUCUUUCUUUCUGCCCUUGGUAUCUCAUAUUCUGUCUAGAAACUUGCCUAUUUCCAGAGUUUUAGCUGAAGACUUUGCAGGCAAGGGCUACUUCUUCAUACAUGAAAUAUUUUUGAUUGACCAGUUCUGGCACAGUGGCACAAUCUGUUCUUUGCUGCAGUUGUUUCUGAUUGAAGGGAACAAGUUUUCUAGACCUGCAAUGGUGAAGUAGUCCUCCUUUAUGGCUGAGCAAGAGACAAGGAACAGAUAAUCCCAAUUUAUCUGACCUCCAUUCAGAAGAUGUUACAGUGAGAAGUCCUCUUGCUAUAGUGAAUAGUUCUCUAUUUCAAAGUAGCCCAGUAAGUUGAGGUGGGUGAAAAUGAAUACCAAAAAUAUGGAAGGUAAAUAGCGUGUGAAGAAGGGACUAAGAGGGUACUCUGUCUUCUCAGAACAGAAUUGAGUUUCAAAAAUGAGAGAAGCCCAUUCUUUGGGGACAUAAGUCUUUGACAGUUCAAGAGAAACUGGUAAGAACGUCUAAUGUCAUCUUCCGCUUGAGGCUUCAAGACCAGGCGUAUCAGUUCGGACUGAAACUCCCUCUAGCUCAGUACUUAAUCUCUUAACCAUGUCUGAAACUUAUACUGCCUUAUAACUCCUCAGAGUAUCUUCUCCCUGCUCUUCUAGAGCCAGGUUUCAUGAACCGAGGUGGCAUCUAUAUUGACUAACCCUUAGCAUCUUGGUUUUUUCUGUGAACUUGUCUGAAAAACAUUAUUUCUACAGUAUGUGUGGAUGAAUUUUGCUUCUCAAAAUCCAAAUACCAACUUCAUCUCACUUUCAAAAAUGUUGGGAGUUACUUUCAUUCCAGUUCUUACGCAGUUGGCAAAACUGGGUAUGUAGUUCCCAGCCUUGUCUAUGUGAGAAACAGAAAUAAUCUGAAUCAAGAUCGCAUCUGUGUGUUUAGCCAUUGUAUCAUUUCAGAUGGCCUUUGGUGCAACAUUAGUGUCUGGAACUUGCCCCGAGAUAGUUUUGAAGGCUUUUUGAUGCUUUUCAGCAGUUGUGUGUUCUAAACACAUUUUCACAAUCUUUGCUACUUUGCUUUCACAGUCAUUACUACUCUUUUAAAAUAGCUUUAAUAUAUCAAACAGGUGCUAUUAAAUAUAAUUAAAGUAAUUUUAAGUGGUAAUUUUUUGAAAGCUUUUUAAAAUUGCUGAAUAAUCUUGUAGGAGAACCUGUCUUCACAGAACAUGUGAUCCUAACAGUGGCUGGUGCCCUUUCCUAUAGUCUGUUUCUGUCCCCUACAUCGUACAUCAGUGGGAUCACUCUGCUGGAACAAAAUAAUGUCAUCUUCAACCCAUUGAAGGAAAGGGAAUAUUUGUUCAUACUUAUGAUGAUUUGACAUAAUUAACGUUUUAUUAACCAUGAUGGCAACACAGACAUUAAGUAUAGACAACUAUCAAGAUGGACAACAGAUGCAAGUAGUAACAGAGUUAAAAACUGAACAAGAUCCCAGCUGCUCUGAAACUGAUGCAGAAGGAGUGAGUCCUGCCCCUGUAGAAUCUCAAACUCCAAUGGAUGCAGACAAACAAGCCAUUUACAGGCACCCACUAUUUCCCUUGUUAGCACUAUUAUUUGAAAAAUGUGAACAAUCUACACAAGGCUCAGAAGGCACAACUUCUGCCAGUUUUGAUGUAGAUAUUGAAAAUUUUGUAAGGAAGCAGGAGAAAGAAGGAAAACCCUUUUUCUGUGAAGAUCCAGAAACUGAUAAUUUGAUGGUAAAAGCAAUCCAAGUUCUACGUAUCCAUCUGCUUGAGCUAGAAAAGGUUAAUGAACUCUGCAAGGAUUUCUGUAGUCGUUACAUUGCCUGCCUGAAGACAAAAAUGAACAGUGAAACUCUAUUAAGUGGAGAACCUGGAAGUCCUUAUUCACCUGUGCAAUCUCAGCAAAUUCCAAGUGCCAUUGCAGGCACACUCAGUCCCCAAGGGAUUAUGGUGCCAGCAUCAGCAUUGCAGCAGGGAAAUGUAACUAUGGCAACAGUAGCAGGGGGGACAGUGUAUCAGCCAGUCACUGUGGUCACGCCACAAGGUCAAGUGGUGACACAAGCACUGUCACCUGGAACUAUUCGGAUCCAGAACUCUCAGCUUCAGUUGCAAUUAAACCAAGAUCUAGGCAUCUUGCAUCAAGAUGAUGGCUCAUCAAAAAAUAAAAGAGGAGUUCUUCCCAAGCACGCUACAAAUGUGAUGAGAUCUUGGCUUUUUCAGCACAUAGGGCAUCCAUAUCCAACAGAGGAUGAGAAGAAACAGAUUGCAGCACAAACAAAUCUGACACUACUCCAGGUUAACAACUGGUUUAUCAAUGCUAGAAGGCGAAUUCUUCAGCCAAUGCUGGAUUCCAGUUGUUCUGAAACUCCAAAAACGAAGAAGAAAACAGCUCAGAACCGACCAGUUCAGAGGUUCUGGCCUGACUCCAUUGCCUCAGGAGUUGCUCAGCAGCAAUCUAAUGAGCUUACAAUGUCAGAUGGUGCUGUUGUAACAAUUACAGCUCCAGUCAACAUGAAUGUAGACAGUCUCCAGUCUUUGUCAUCUGAUGGUGCUACUUUGGCUGUUCAGCAAGUUAUGAUGGCAGGGCAAAGUGAGGAUGAGUCUGUAGACAGCGGUGAAGAUGAUGGAGGAGAUCUCUCAACAACGAAUAUCAGUGGGCUGGUCUUGGAUAACAGCGAUUCUCUGCAGUAGGAAGCAAGAGAGUGUGACAAUGUUUAGGAAAAAGAAUGGACUGACUGACUGACUUUUUAUAGUUUGCACAGCAAACAUUUUACACAAGUUUUAUUUCUAAUAUGUUUUAUAUGUAGAUAUAGAAGGGUGCACUUUUUUGUAUUUCAUAGUAAGCUUAAAGAGUGUUUUUGCAGGUGCAGCAACUUCUUUCAAAUGUGUUUUUUAAUUUCUUUUCCUUAUUUCAGAAAAUUAUAUCUAGUAAUAUAAAAGACCACAUGGGCACCCAUUUGUUCUAUGAAUUGGAAGUGCUGCAAUUUCUAAAGAAUUACACAGUUUCAUUUAGUGCUGUUAUUUAACAGCUUUUGAUGGGGAGGUGAUGUAAAUUUAAAGCAUGUGACACUAGUGUGUGAAACUUGAUCGUUAAGUUAGAUGCAUAUAUUUGAAAGAUGCUUCUGCACCUUAAAAACUGCUAGUCUGAGGUGGACAGCAACACACAUAAAAAGAAAAUGUUAAUGUGUGAUUAAGUAGCGAAUGUAUGGCAAUUUAAAUAAGUUUAGUUUCUCUCAUAGUCCGUGAGCCUGUUUAUCAUUUGCUAUAAAAACUCCUAUUUUUACCUUGCCGGGGUUAUUGGAUAAAAAAUAUUUUUAUAAAUUCACUAGGAAUUGGGAUGACGACUGUAUUAAGCAGGAGGGGGAAAAAAAAAAAAAAGAAUUUCCAGAGGGGAAAAAAAAUAAAUGUUUAGUAUUCCUAUUUGGAAGGUCUGAAAACUGACCAAAUUUAAUAAACAAGCCUACACUAGCAUUCUAUGAUUCUCAGCUAUCCCACAGUGAUAUACUAUAUUUGAUAAUAGCAUAAGAAGGGCCCACUGUUUGAUGGGAUUUUGAUAUUGUCAAACAUUGAUUUAUAAUAUGUGUAAACUACUAUUCAAUUUACAUUAACUCUGUAUCUAGACUUGUAUCUGAAGAUAUUUGCUAAAUGAAUAUUCAGGUAAGUAAAUUCAAAUACCCACAACUUUUCCAGUUGUUAGAGAAAUUUAACAGUUUAUAGUUUGUACAGCUGAACCUGAAAAAUGAAGAGUUGCCUACUAUACAGUCAUGAAUUCUGCUAUCACUUUGCUAUUUUAUUGCAUUUGAAAUACUUUCCCCUAAUACAAAAAGAAAUAUAACUUCAGGAUUUAUAUAAAAUUUCUUCAAAUCUGAACGUCACUACCAGAGUAUACAGCAGGCUUUAUUAGAGUAGAAAAUCAGUGUGUGUCAUUUAAAAACUAGGAGCUAGUGAUGAAAACACUUCUUUUUUUUUGUUUUGUUUUGUGAUAACAGGGUUUUUUUUUUGUUGGGUUUUUUUUUUUUACCCCAAGAGUUUGGAAUCUGUGUUUGUCUAUGAACAGUUACUUUUGGAACUUUCUGUUUCCCAUCAUUAACUACAAGUAAGACUCCAAGAGUUUCGUGGUAUGAUCAACAUCCUCUUUUCCCCCUGUCCAUUUGUCACAAUGUUGGGCUAGAUCAAAGCCAGAACUUCCUUCUGAUUUAGACUGAAUCUAGUUGCAUUUCUAAUGUGACUGGGAAGAAGAUGUUAGCUUUUAGAAUCUUUAGACAUUGUAUUUGAAGAAAGCCCUUUGACAGAUGCAAAUAUUUAAUUGAAUACUUAAUUUCUGCUUAGGUCCCGUUGAUUUCAGUAGGAUUAAUGCAUGUACUUUUUGACAUGCUUAAAUGGUUGGAUUGUCUUCCAAAGCAAGUGUAAGUUGGUAUGAAGAAAAACUUCAGAAAUAAAUGUCAGUAGCAUUGGUAUACAUACAUGGAGAAUAAUACUAGCUUUCAGCGACUAGUAGGUAUUCUGAAAAAUUGGCAUUGGGUUUUACUCAACACAAGUGGUGUUUCUGCUAUGGCUUUCGCUUAUUCCUGGCUGAGGAUCCUGCUUCUUAGUUCAAAUGCUGUAAUGAUCCACUCCAGCUGGAGUGGUAAUUUCUAAAGAAUUUGUUUUCUUCUAACUUACCUGUUUUGCCACUAAUGUGCCAUGUUUGUUAAAGAGCAUAGUAAAUCAAUAAUGACAGAUUGAAUUUGGCAGGCUUUGACAUAGCAUAACUAUCUCGAAGGUUAUUGUCAAAUUCACUUUGACCCCAAAAUAUUUUAAAAGGCAAAUGUCAUGUACAAAUGAUGCUCCUUUCGAAACAUUCAACCCACUGUCUCCUAUAAAAGAUACCUGAGAUGACUAGAACAGAGACAGAUUCUGUAUUUUUCUUCUUAGUUGUUUUGGUUUUGAUUUAACUCCCUAAGUGCUUUAUCACCCCCCUCAGCCUCCAUUAUAUAGUAGGUUAUAUUGGUUGAUCUGGGGGAUUUAUUCAGCUAGUCUUGUUCGUGUUUAAUAGUACGUUAAUCUUGUACAUGACUCUGUGCAACCUGCUCUAGGAGAACCUGCUUUAGCAGGGGGUUGGACUAGAUGAUCUCCAGAGGUACCUUCCAACCCCGACCAUUCUGUGAUUCUAGCAUGUAGGCAGGUAAUAGUCUGCUUCUCAGUGUGUACAGGCCUGUGAACAAAUGUAUGCUUUUCAAAAUCAACAUACACUGGAAGAACAGGCCAUUUCUCACUAUCUCCUUUCCCUCCCUUGACCAGUUGCUGCUGCCUCAGAUGUGGCAGCAGAGCCUUCCCCAGCCUGCGUUGAGCUGGUCGUGGAAGCAGCUUAGCCAGCAGAGCUGUUGGGGUAGCAAGUGGCCAGCAGUGAAGGGAAGGGUGGUCUGGAGGUAAUGUGGCAAUGGACACUUGCCCGCACUUCAAAACUGAGAACUGAGAUCCUAAAAAAGAGAGAGGGUAUUAAAAUAAUAUCUAUACAGCUGGGCUGGAAAGAAGGUUCAGGAAUAUGUAGUUUAUGUGCCACUUGGAACUCAAUUGGAAACAACCAGGCGUCAGGGUUUGCCAACUUCUGAAAGUUUAUUUUUCAGAAAAAAACUUUUAUCUGGUUAGCUGCUUUUUUAUUCCCCCACCUUACAUGCAGCAGCAGUUUUAUUCUUCUGAAUCAUUUGUGACUUUGCCUUCAGCAAGUUUAUUAGUACCUGGCAAGUGAAGUUGACCAAAUUUACUGUGAAAGGGGGAAUAUGGAAUAGUUGUACUGUCAGAUUAGAAACAUAAACUGGUAGGGAUUCAAAUUCCUAAAACUGAAAAGGGUUUACCAGUGUAACAAAGGUAUUGUUUAAUAUAUGGAACUCAAACCUUGUCUUUUAAUUCAGUGAGAAUUCUGUAGUGAGUAUGAACUGCACAGACGGGCUUGUUUGUUCCACGAUUUUUAAAAAAAGAAGAAAAAAAAAAAAAAGUAGCAUCCUUAAUUUUUUGCUGUCUAAGAAAGAUUGCUGGUUUAAGAAAGAUUGCUGGUUUAAGCAAAGCAUCACUAUUCAGGAAAGGUACAUGUUUACAUUAGUUAAAAAGACUUUGUAGGGGACCUAACUUUAAACCCAUGUAUAAUUCCUCCCUUACCCCUAAUUAAAGUCGUAUUCAUAUGCAAUAGAAUUAAUUUGUUUUUUAAAUCGGUGUAAUUCUUCUGCAGUUAUGAUCAUUGAAACUUUUAAUUUUUCUUCCAUGUAAUCAAGUUCAUUAACCCAAAAUGGGGUUCUCAGUCCAAUUUUUUCCAAGAUUUCUGUAACAGGCAAGAGAAGUUCCUGUUAUUCUUUAACUUUAGAAACACUGCAUUUUAGUAGAACAGUUCUGAGUCAAUGAGGAUAUAUUUUUAAAUGACUGUUCCAAAGAAAUAAUCACAUUGGAAAACAUUUAGAAUUGGCAGGCAUGGCUCUGGCUCUGCAGAGAGUUUCCUAGAUCUGGAUGUUGGGUCAAAGUGGAGUCCUGCUGACCUCAGGGAAACUCCUUAAGGCUGCACCUCAGGCUGCAUUUACCUGUAAGAGAAUUGGUUCCUUGUUCUGGUGCCUGAUCACUGUUAGGAACUUCUUAGAGAGCACUCCAGCUUCCUCUUGCCUGCAUACCUAGGUUUUCUUUCAGUGGAAACCAGGGUACGGACAAAGGGUUUAGAAGGGCAGGAAUUCAUGUUGACCUGGUGUUCACCAUGUACCGUUUUGAUGUUCAGAAUACAGCCAGGAGGCAGACCUACACUGAGGAAUUAAGAGUUCCCAGUCCCUGUGUUUUAAAAGUAGCUUCAGGUAUAUGGAUGUUCUAGUGGAGUGUGGCCACAAAGACUUAAUGCAUGAAUAAUGUAUUUAUUUGUUUCUGAAAUAAUUAGAAGGCAGUUCAGCUUCCUGACUUGAUGAACUUGACAGCCCAGAGGAUGCAGCAAAGCCUUUUCAAAGGAUGAUAGUUUCAUAAAACCGUUAGGCUUGUAGCACUUAAACAAAAAACCAGAACACCCUGGUAUUUUGAAAAAUUGGAACACAUGCAUCUAAUUGUAAUUAAAGUCAGUUUAAGAUUUCUUUUCUGAAGUUGAGUUGUCUUGGGAG